UGCGACCUGCAUGAAUUUGCGUGUUCGGACGGGACCUGCAUCGACGUGCGACGAAGGUGCGACGGGUAUCACGACUGCCGCGACGGGACCGACGAACGGGGCUGCACUUGUCGGGAAGGGGAAUUUCGAUGCGGUGAUGGGACUUGUAUCGACGAGCGACGUCGGUGCGAUCGAUAUCCCGACUGCUCCGAUUGGUCCGAUGAGGCCGGCUGUGCAUGCAGAGACUCGGAAUUUACAUGUGAAGAUGAUGGAACUUGCAUCCAUAAAUUAUCCCGAUGCGACGGGAAACCGGACUGUUCGGACGGUUCGGACGAAAAAGGCUGCCCGUGUCGCGACGAAGAGUUUUUGUGUCGGAACGGGGAGUGCGUGGACGCAGACGCGUAUUGCGACGGCAGGAAGGACUGCUCGGACGGAUCCGACGAACUGGACUGCCAUUUGCCCGAAUGUUUGCAGCGUGUCGCGUCGAAGAGUUUUUGUGUCGGAACGGGGAGUGCGUGGACGCAGACGCGUAUUGCGACGGCAGGAAGGACUGCUCGGACGGAUCCGACGAACUGGACUGCCAUACAGGGGAGGAAGGACUGCUCGGACGGAUCCGACGAACUGGACUGCCAUACAGGGGCAUCGUGCGGACAACAGGAAUUUACUUGUUACAAUCGGGUUUGCAUCCCGUUGACCCAGAGAUGCGAUGGGAAAAGCGAUUGCAACGACGGAUCUGACGAAGUUGGAUGCCCUCAGGGGUGCACCACGGAACAAUUCCGAUGCGAUAUGGGCGGUUGUAUCCUGAUCAAGUACAAGUGCGACUCCUACGAUGAUUGCCCCGAUGGCUCCGACGAAAGAGGAUGCCCGUGUGCGGAGGGUAUGUUCACGUGCGGGAACGGAGCGUGCAUCGACGCGGAUCGGCGCUGCGACACCGUCGAGGACUGCGAGGACGGGUCCGACGAAAUCGAAUGUGAAGUCGGUGUUUUCUGCGAUUUUUGCACGCCGUGUUUUCGGCACUAG